UAUAAGAUUAUAUAUGCGAUAUUUAUCAAGAACAUUAUCAAAUCACAUAUUCAUCUUGUGUUGUACUGAUUUAUUUCAACUUGGACAAACAUGAGUAUAAUUAACAAAUACAGCAUUUCUCGUUGUGUAGGAACAAUUAAAACUAUGAUGAAGCUAUGAUUUAUUUUUGGGAAAAUAUUUGAAAAUUAAUUUGUGUAUAUAAAACAAUCAGUGUUUCAAAUUCAGUCAUGGUACCCAUAGGAUAUGUUCUUGUCGUGUUGACUGUUAUUCGGAUAGCGUUUUCGGACAAAUGCGAGAAGUUAUCGUCUUGUAAAUGCGAAUGUCCCGAAGGAAUUGUCGACUUUUCAUCUCUUGGUAUGAGCGGCAAUGAACCAAGGUACAAAGAUGUUGACGCUCCGGGCACUGGUGCUGACGAGUACUCGUAUAACCCGUGUGAUCCUUUCACCGAGACGAAGCCCUCCGUGUCUGAAAGCCACUGCCAGAACGUGGCGGCGUGUCUAUUUAUAUACAUCGACGGUGACUACCAGUUAUACGACACAGGCGUCCAAAAUUCGGUGACGUUUUCCACCGUUCCCGGUACCUCCCUGGGCAUCAAAGAUCAUCCCGAAAACGUUGUCGUGGCGAAAUACACGUCAGGGGAUGGUGCACGACAGACGGAGGUGGUGCUUGUGUGCAACCCCGAAAACAACCAAACAGCUUUUUAUACCCUUGGGGAGGUUCCCAGUGCAAAACCACUCUAUCGACACAUUCUGGUGUCUCCUUUCGCUUGUUUCGUAUCCAAAACUGGGGCACUAAGUGCAGGGAGUAUUGUACUCAUAAUAUUUUUCUCACUGCUGCUAGCCUAUUUCCUGUUUGGAGUGACUAUCAAUAGAUUCGGAAGAAACCAAACCGGAAGUGACGUAAUUCCACAAAAGGCUUUCUGGAUAUCAUUACCGACGUUAGUCAAGGACGGAAGCCUAUUUGUAGUGACAAGAGGACGGCACAAACCAUACGCCGCUGUUUGAAUUUUUGACUUUUAAGGCCUCAGUCACAAACGCCUUAAAUAACUUUCAACAUGACCUUGUGUAUGAUACGAAUGUUGUUAUAAGAAUCCAACGUUGGGUUUAGAUAAUCCAACGCUGAACAACUCUUAAUUGUGUAUAAAUCAUGAAAGUUAAGCACACAUUUGUUGCAAUGAGAACUUAUUUAAACGAAUCUAGCACAUACAAUUGCUUGUAUUGUAAAAAUUAAAAAGUCCAUCUUUUU